AGCCGUCAGUAGUAAGGAUUGUGUAAAGAUGGCGGAGCUACAGAUGCUGCUGGAGGAGGAGAUUCCUGCGGGACGGAGAGCCUUACUGGACAGUUUUACCAACCUGGAAAGAGUGGCGGAAUACUGCGAGAGCAACUAUGUCCAGUCUGCAGACAAAGAACGAGCGCUGGAGGAGACGAAGAGCUACACCACCCAGUCUCUGGCUAGUGUCGCCUACCUUAUCAACACACUGGCCAACAAUGUGCUGCAGAUGCUCGACAUCCAGGCCUCCCAACUGCGCCGCAUGGAAAGCUCCGUCAACCACAUUUCACAGACAGUCGACAUCCACAAGGAGAAGGUGGCGAGGCGGGAGAUCGGCAUCCUGACCACCAACAAGAACACAGCUCGCUCCCAUAAGAUCAUUGCUCCUGCCAAUCUGGAGAGGCCUGUGCGCUACAUCAGGAAGCCCAUCGACUACGGUGUGCUGGAUGACACGGGACACGGAGUCAAGUGGUUGAUGAGGUUCAAGGUAAAUGGCCAGCAGAGUAUGAAACUAGGAGGAGGCCUGUCCCGCUCCAAUCCCCCGACUCAGAAACCGCCAAGCCCUCCGAGAGCCGGCAAAGGAAUUUUAGGGCACAAGAACUCCCCCUACAGGACACUGGAGCCGGUACGCCCCCCCGUGGUGCCCAACGAUUACGCCUCCAGCCCGACAAGAAACAAUACGGGUGCCGGACAGCUUCCGAGUCCGGUCCGCACCGCCACCCUGAACCAGCGACCCCGAACGUACAGCGGUAGCAGCGGAGGCAGCCACCCCAGCAGCAGCAGCCGCAGCAGCAGCAGGGAGAACAGCGGCAGCGGCAGUGUGGGGGUUCCCAUCGCCGUGCCCACGCCGUCCCCGCCCUCCACCUUCCCAGUCUCCCCAACCGCUGGACCCUCCAGCUCUCCCUCCACCGCUCCCAACUCCUCUCCUUCUCCCUCACCGACCCCGUCCUCUUUCUCCUCUUCCUCCUCCACCACAACCUUGACCCAGCCUAAUGCACCUCUAGCACCAAACUCACCCGCACACCAAGCGGACUCAUCCCCUCACACAAGCUCACAGACAAAUGUACCAAACGCCAACAGCUCCCCACCUUCUAACCCUUCUCCCAGCACCUCCGAAGUCCAGUCCCAGCUGCCUUCUCUCCCUCCUCCUGCUCCUCCUCCUUCACUCUCCUCCUCCUCCUCAUCACCUGCUGAAGGUCCCUUCGUCCCUCAGUUCUACAGUAUGAACCGGCCUCAGCCCCGACAGCAGACCCCGCAGGUGGGGGGGUCACUUCCAUACCGCCGACCCCCCUCCGUGACUGGUCAGCCAAUAGCGACGCACAACCACGUCAAUGGAGGACCCUACUACAACCAGAGCCCAGCCUCGCCUCCUCCCCCGUCGCUCCUGCAGUUCACCCCUCAGCUGCCUCUGAUGGGUUUCGUUGCUCGAGUUCAAGAAUCCAGUAAGCCCAGCUGUCCUGUUACAGACACUCCCCCUCCUCCUCAACCCUCAGAGACCCAUUCAGGGCCUGACGACUCUCUGCCCACCCCUAAACCUUCAGAGGACGGACACGGUGAGGACGACUCUAAAGUAGUGGAGUACAGCGAUCCGUACGCUGAAGAGGACCCACCCUGGGCCCCCAGAAACUACCUGGAGAAAGUGGUGGCUGUAUAUGACUACACAGCAGACAAGGAGGACGAGCUGUCCUUUCAGGAAGGAGCCAUCAUCUAUGUUGUGAAAAAGAAUGAGGACGGGUGGUUUGAAGGAGUGAUGAACGCCACCACCGGCCUCUUCCCUGGAAACUACGUGGAGUCCAUCAUGCACUACGCCGACUGAGGGGGGAAAAAGCUAAUUAACCUGCAGUUCAGUUCUGCUGAUCUGAGCUUGAAGACCGAAGGGGACUUUGUUCUACCUUUCUAUUUUCCUCCUUUGGGUUCACACGGACCUCUCACAACUAAGUAAACAUUCAUCUUAGUGGGAUCUUAUGAUGAUUUAAUGGACUGGCUUUUAAGCCUUUUGUGUAGUUUUCUAAUCUCCCAGAUUAUCUUCAAAAUAUUCUGUGCUCUUCGUUUAUCUUGUUGAGAGCCGGCUGAACUUCAGCUAAUUUUGUGUCAAGCACAUUAGGCCGGGGGUGUUUCCAAACCGCUUUACUAACUGAUAAAUAACCUGCACACCACGCACACGCGAUGUUUUAGCUGUGAAUAGGUCCAUUUAUCAGAAUGCUGUUUCUCAUUCUUUCCGGUUGAGGUGGACAAAGUAAGAUUUUGGAGCCAGAGACACCAACAGUUGCGUCACUGGUGUGGGAGUUGUUUCUGCAAAGCCCUGCGUCUCUUGUGCAGCAAUAAGAAAUGUGCUUUGGAGGGCAGAGAAUUGUUCCUGGGGGGGUUUGUUUGUCUUCUCCACACCUACAGGGGGGUCUUAUGGUGAAUGGUAAAUGGUUUGUGUAGCGCUUUAUUAAGUCUGACGACCCCAAAGCGCUUCACACUACAGUCAGUCAUUCCCACAUUCACCCCGUGACGGUGGUGAGCUAUGUUAGUAGCCACAGCUGCCCUGGGCAGACUGACAGAAGCCAGGCUGCCAUACAUCUGCACCACCAGGCUCUGACCACCGCCAGGUUAUAAAAGGUAGAUUUUUUAACGUUUCCCAGGGCCCAAAGAUCAUUCAUAUCUUAGUUUAGAAUUAUAAAAAUAAUUAUAUUAUUUAUUUUUGGUCUUUCCAAAAGUUGUGUACUGUGCCUUGUAAAUGUUUCAUGGACUUCCCCACAUUUCGUCACAUUACAACCACAAACUUCAUUGUUUUUUCAUUCAGAUCGGACCUGAUAGACAAAGCGUAACGUGUAAUUGCGAACCUAAAGUAGCGCCACACAUCUCAGUCGCUUUGACAAAUUAAAAUCAGACGCGUUUGGCAUUCAGCCACCCUGAGUCGGUUAUUUGUAGAACCACCUUUCAUUUCUGUCACAGCAGCACCAUCGAUCUUCACAUCAGCCUGGACCGUCUUCCCUGCCACGGGGACGGGAGCUUCUCAACUUGCUCUUCUGAGCUUUGGGCUGUGGUUUGAUACCCUAACCCCGCUGUCAGCGGAUGGGUGUCCCCAACCCUUCCGCUGCGCUCCCUGGGCCUCCUGAUACGGUUUAUCAGAGUAAAGAGCACUGAAUGCGAAAACAGACAGCACACCUUUUGGAUUUUUAGUUCUUAAACAUCGUUUUUCUUUCACUCUACAUUCAUGCUCUACUUUGUGUUGGUCUGUCAGAGAAAAUCUGCAAGAAAUGCAAUAAAGUCUGUGGUAACGUGAACAAAUGUACAAAAUUCAGUAGUAUUUAAAACUCUUCUGAGAUGCCAUAAUCGAUGUGUUUUUUUAAUUAGAUUCAUGUUAAAAGCAGUGACAAGAGAGGCUGGAAAAUAAUUAAAAAGUAUGAAGGAAGAAGGUUUCCUGCUCCUGCCCUUAAUUGCUAUCGACUCCUUGGUGCAUUUUUGCUGUUAUGUGAAAGACGUGGAGCGCUUAAAGCUUUAGACCAAUCAGAUUGGAACAGCAGCGCUGCAGCAUUUGCUGGACCCUUUGAGGAGCUCUGCUUGCGUUUCUGUUUAGUCUGUGUCUGCUUUCUGUUUCCUCAGCAUUCACUCUGUCGUGCAAUCUUUUCGUCUGUUUGCUUUGUUUUUGCAUUUUGCCACGAGGACGGCAGGUGCUGAAACAUGUCAGAGGAAAAUCAGGCACUUCAUCACUAACAUUUCUGGGUUAUUUCAGCAACAUAAGCUUCCUCAGAAGAUCCUGACCUCUGGAAAAGAUCUUGUCCGUUCAAUGAAUCUUGAGAUUUCUGAAACGGAGCUGUGAGUUUGAGCACAGGCUAAAAUAUUCUGCAGAAACAAGCUAAUUGCCCCCCGGUCGCUGCAGGACGCACUGUGAGGGAGGAGCAGCUGGACCUGUCAGCUCAGCGUUCGGCCAUUUCAAACGGACACAGUUCAGAUUUAUUUAGGCCGCCAAAACUUCGCACUCACACAUCCGCCACUUUUUACGUGUCCCAAACACUGCUCUCCUUACACAUUAUAAACCCAGCCAGGAUUAAACACUUAAAGGAGCAAUAAGCGAUAUUUCACCACUGGGUAGAGCUUGAGCGCUGUCUGUAUAAAGUAUAAAGCCACGCUUCUCUCUAUCUCCACUCCAGCACUCGGCACACAUUUCCCCUUCUCACUCAUUGGCUCACAUGAGCCUGUUUGCAAAGGAUAAAUACACCGCAAAACAGCAUCACCUUUCAGAGGAACGUGUCUGGUGAAGAAGUGAGUAACUUAUAACUUUAUAAUGAUGUUAGCUAGAGAAGGCUUUGAUCCGAUGGGCGUGCUGGCCGCCGUUUUGUGCCUGGCGGUGGCAUUUUAUGGGCGGGGAGUGGCUAAGCCCUGAGUGGCAGCUGUUCCCGUGCACGUACGUGCGUGCUCCGCCGGCCCAGCUACGUAAACAAGAGACUGGAGAACAACACAGAGAGAUGAUGUCUGACGUUUUGCCAUAGUCCGUCUGAAAAGAUACCUUUAGUUCUUCACUAAACUAUUUUUUAGUUCUUUCUAUCUAAAAUAAUUAAAUUUCGCUUAUUGCUCCUUUAGACAUUAUACUAAACCAGUGGGGAAGGUUUAUGAUUCAUUAGAUUAAGUUACUCUCUGCAGCCCCAGCUUUGUGUUCCACAGACACAAAGCAACUUUAUUUUUCCAAAAAUGUGAGCCCAGGUUACUAUCCGCAAGGCUAGCACCAGAAACCCGAACUCGUCGUGAUGACGACCCCUGUUCUGUGCGAACUGUGAUCCUCCCGUCGUCACCUGGUGGUGAAGUGAACCUGACCUGUUUGCCAGUUGGAGAUUCUCAACCUGUGGCCAGUCUUAAAGUUUACAGUGUGCUUGCCUGCAUGCCUGAUAUAUAACUGACAUGUACUUACUAUUUUUUUUUCAUAAUAUUUGUCUUUAUACUGUGUUUUUUACUGUGUUACCACCUUGUUUUAUUGUCUUAUUCUUCAUCUGACGGGUUCUGAUGUUCCUGCAGUUUCCUGUUCAGUUUUUUUGUGCAGGCUCUUUAACAGGAGUCCGCAGGGUCUGGACUGUGCAAUGGAUCAAGGAGGGAGGUGGAUAUUUUGUGCCAAAUGUGUGUUUUGUGUGUGACGUGAUGUGAAUGCAGAUCAGAUCUGUGUGUGUGAAUCUCUGCCAAACUUGUGAAUAUGGACCUUAAAACGGUAUUUUCCCUGUGUGCGGUUUUCAAGAAGCAUUUUACAGAAAAAAAUCUGAAAUUUAAAACUAGAAAAUAGCUUUUAUUAUCGAAUUCCAUUUCCCAGUGGAAAGUCAGAAGGAGCUUAUUUGAGCUUCUGGUUAUCUCCUCAUCUUGCCAGCUCUGGGUUUUGCUUUACCUGCAGCGUCCCUUUAAAGAAAAAUAAAGAUGUAGAGAGGAGCUGUGAAGCUGAUGUUCAAAAGAACUGCCCACGUUUCCCCUCCACACGCACCCAGAAUCUCAUAUUUUAGCUUCUUUAGGCUUUUUGAAUCAAUGCUAAAUAUUUUUGCUAUUUAAGAACAAAUGUCAUUUCUUUGUGAUUGAGGCAUUUUUUAAGAACCUGUACUUGACUAAAGAAUUUCUGAUGUCAACUCUCUUUUUUUUAACUUGGACUCAAAAACAAAAAAGCUGAAAUAUUUUGCGUCACCCCAACAUUAGAAUUCAUUAUGUCUGCGUUUGUUUUUUUUUGGUUUCUUAAUGACCCGUUCUGUGGUGUUCCCUCUGUGUGCUGCAUCUUCCUUGUGGAACGUGUUCUCCAGAAGAGCCGUCUGCUUUCCAAACAGAAUCCUAACUCUGAGCACAUCGCUGUUUGGGCAGACAGAAGAAGGAAAUUACUAAUAAAUGUUUCAACAUCCUCA